UUUAACAAAUUGAUAAGUUGUCAAAAGUGUCAAGACUACUAGUAGUUCACAUUGCCGGGCCACGUAGAUUUAUUUAUUAUUAUCAAUUAAAACAAAAUUUAAUAGAAUGGAUACAAUGCAACGCUAUGUCUCACCGAUAAAUCCCGCUGUUUAUCCGCAUUCAGCAUUAGUUCUACUAAGCAUUGGAACAUUUUUUACAGCAUGGUUCUUUAUUUUCGUUGUCUCACGCCCUAAAAAUUCAAAAGAAAAAACUCUGUUUAAAGAGCUCUUAAUAAGUUUCUGUGCUUCUGUUUUUCUGGGCGUCGGUGUGGUAUUUUUGUUAUUAGCAGUAGGAAUUUAUAUAUAAAUAAGUAUGAAAAGAUUAAUUAUAUUGCUUUUAAUAUAAUUUA